UUUCCCAUUUUAUGAAACCCUCGGACCUUCUUCCAGUCCUCCAACAGCAACAAUGGCGAUCGCAGCUCUGCAGAGACUCGCUUCUCAGGUCUCCAAAAGCCCCUCCUUAUCCCUUUGCUCCAGAGCCAUAAUCAACCGCUCUUCCGCCUCCCUUUCCUCAUCCCCCUCAGCUAAGGUUGCGGAUCGCAUCGUCAAGCUUUCCGUAGUCGAUCCGGACGGCAUUAAGCGAGAAGUAGUCGGUCUCUCGGGUCAAACUCUCCUAAAAGCUUUGGCUAACCACGGCUUAAUCGACCCGGCUUCCCACCGGCUUGAGGAGAUUGACGCUUGCUCGGCUGAGUGCGAGGUCCACAUCGCUCAGGAGUGGCUCGAGAAGCUGCCGCCUCCUACUUAUGACGAGCAGUAUGUGCUGAAGAGGAAUUCUCGGGUUAGGGUUUUGAACAAACACUCUCGGCUUGGAUGUCAGGUGGUUCUCACCCCUGAGCUUCAGGGGAUGGUCGUUGCUUUGCCGGAGCCCAAGCCAUGGGAUAUUCCGUAAAGGUCUCUUGGUACAUUGACAAAUGGAAGGCAUUUUCUGUAAGGUUGAUUCACGAAAUGAAAACCUAAUGCUUCUUUUUUCUUUGUGGAAAUAAUGUGUAUGCAUAUUGGGGGACACUUAAAAGCUGAGAUUUUGGUGGAAUGUUUUGGACUGAUUUGGCAAAUUUGGGUAAAAGUUUUCUCCAAUUUGAUGUAUGGAGAAUUACUUCAAGUUAUGUUUAUCGAACGCUUAGUCCUGACAAUUGGAUUGUUCAUUCUGAAGUUUUCUUCUUUCACUUCCAGUAUUCAGUGGCUCUUAGUUUACUUUU